AUGACAAAAGCUUACUUCCGGACGAGCCCCCAGCUCCUGCCCCCUUCGCCAUGACGUAGACGCGUUCUGAUUGGUCUAAACCUCGUGACGACGGCCCCCCCUCGACGCUGCGGAGCGGCCACUCCCCCCCGCCGGCUUUGUCUCUGACGUCACUGGAAGUCGCUGCGCAUGGUGAAGGGCGAAGCAGGACUUUGUCCCGAAGGGGCAGGUAGCGGGCGUAUAAAAACUGCCGGCUGCCCAGCGCAGGUCACCACGACCCCGGACAAGGCUUUGGUGCACAGCAGAAUGGCAGCAUCGGACAGGAUAAUGCUGGGUCCCCUGGUGGGAGCCAUCGACCAAGGAACAAGCUCCACUAGGUUCUUGGUUUUCAACGCCAAAACAGCCGAAUUACUGAGCCACCACCAGGUUGAGAUCAAACAGAAUUUCCCUAAAGAAGGAUGGGUGGAGGCAGACCCCAAGGAGAUCCUGCAGUCUGUGUAUGAAUGUAUGGAAAGGACCUGUGAGAAGCUCUCCCAGCUAAAUAUCGACAUUUCCAACAUUAAAGCUAUUGGAGUCACCAAUCAGAGAGAAACCACCAUUGUCUGGGAUAAAGAAACUGGAGAACCGCUCUAUAAUGCUAUUGUUUGGCUGGACCUCCGCACGCAAUCCACAGUAGAGCGACUGAUCAACAAAACGCCAGGGAGGAACAAGAAUCACCUCAAGAACAAGACGGGACUCCCAAUCAGCACGUACUUCAGCGCGGUGAAGCUGCGCUGGUUGAUGGACAAUGUGGAGGAGGUCCACAGUGCAGUUCUGUCAGGACGAGCUAUGUUCGGCACCGUCGACUCCUGGCUCAUCUGGUGUCUGACAGGAGGUAGGCAAGGUGGCGUUCACUGCACGGACGUGACCAAUGCCAGCAGGACCAUGCUGUUUAACAUUCACACUUUGGAGUGGGACCCUGAUCUGUGCAAGUAUUUCGAUGUUCCAAUGGAUAUUCUGCCAAAAGUGAGAAGCUCCUCUGAAAUAUAUGGCUUAAUGAAAAUAAGCUCUAGUCUGGUGAGUAGGAGUUUUUCUCGCAUGUCCCACUUGUGGUUCUGUUUCCCUCCUCGUACAAUUCAAACAAUUAACAGUGCAUUUCCAAUUUUUUGCCAUGCAAGGGGCUCGGUAGCCAUUGCCGGAGCUGUGGUUCAGUGGCUGAGGGACAACCUGGGGAUCAUCCAGAGCUCAGGAGAGAUAGAGAAGUUGGCUGCCAAGGUUGGCACUUCCUAUGGGUGCUACUUCGUCCCAGCGUUCUCAGGCUUGUACGCCCCAUACUGGGAGCCCAGUGCCAGAGGCAUCAUCUGCGGCCUCACGCAGUUCACCAACAGGAAUCACUUUGCUUUCGCGGCUCUGGAGGCUGUCUGCUUUCAGACUCGGGAGAUCCUGGAUGUGAUGAACCAGGACAGUGGGAUGCCCCUCACUCAGCUCCAGGUGGAUGGAGGAAUGACGGCCAAUAAGCUUCUGAUGCAGCUCCAGGCAGAUAUUCUAUGUAUUCCCGUGGUGAAGCCCUCCAUGCCCGAGACCACCGCCCUGGGGGCAGCCAUGGCAGCAGGGUCUGCCGAGGGGGUCAGCGUGUGGAGCCUGGUGCCGGAGGACUUGACCGCUGUCACCUGCGAGAGAUUCGAGCCUCAGAUCAACCCUGAAGAAAGCGAAUACCGGUACGCUCGUUGGAAGAAAGCUGUGCAGAAAGCCAUGGACUGGGAGAGCACUGAGCCACUUUCAGAUGGAAACGGUGAAACUAGUAUCUUCAGUAGCCUGCCAUUGGGGUUUUAUAUACUGGGUAGCAUGUUAAUGUUAAUUGGAGCGAAGAGCAUCGCAGGUUACCAUAAGUAAGUUCUUGCACAUCACUCUGAUCCCAUCUUGCCUGUGUUAUGGAGCCUUGUGAAAAGCGUUCCAGGUUUACAGACUGUAGCCAGUGGUCCUUAACAGCACCCAGUCAACUGGGGCCUUGUGUGGCUUGGUCCCCUGAAAGCUUCGAGGCUGGCAACCACUUGGAGAAAACCUCAGACACGUUACACUGAAAUGGAAAAGGGAAUUUUCCACAAAACAGUCCCUGGUGGUUUCUGUUUGGAUGCUGACAACCCUGUUCACUUAGAGUGUUUUGUCCCCACUAUGUACUGUAACA